AUGAAUGAUUUAUCUUGGGGUACUAAAUCAAAACUACUAAAGGACUAUCGCGAAAGGCGAGUCGGUGUAUCCUACCUUCGGGAGGGGGUGACCGAAGCGGAAGACUCCAUGAAAUUGAAACUAUUUCGCUUAAUGUAUGAAACGGUUCGUGACAGUGAUUUGAAAGUACGAAGGGCUGAACUAAUAAGACGACAUUAUACAAAUUCAACUUCUUUUGAUAUGGGCUUCAUUAUAGGUGAUAUAACAGACAAAUUCAGUAUUAUAUCCGAUAUUGCCCUCACGAUGAAAAGAUUAUACAAAGAGUGGAAGCCAAUGGAGCAUAUAAGUGCGUACGAGCAGAUCGCGAAUAAAGCUAUUGAAAUCACAAACUUAAUUGACAUGGUACGACUCAUAGAACGGAAGAACACGAAGUUGGUGUGUUCCCCAGCCGUCUUUGUAUCUGGGUAUGAUGAUCCAAUAAAAGAUCUUACAGACUGGAAUGAUAGAAAAAGGAUUCGGGCUAUGGGAUAUGAGCUGAUAAAGGAAGCGAAACUGAAGAUCAGACAAUUGGACGGCCUUAAAGACGAGGCCAAUCCAUACACGGCCUUUGCCGUUGGGACUUUGCUUGGUCGAAUACGAGAAAAAUAUCGCUCGAUGCUGGAAUUAUAUCGGAUGACAAGGAAUAAAUGUACGGGAGCAGCAAAUCUGACGCUACCAAAUGCGAAUCCUCGGAGACCGCUGCACAACCUCCUCAGAUUAGAAGAAAUACGAGGUUUAGAAGUGGAAAUAGAUCAAAUGGUACACAUACUGCAUAACUUAGACGACAACGCACCAUCAUUUGAUUUAAAACUAUUAGUUGGAAACGCGAAACCACGCCCUAAAACCACCACACCGGAACCAGAUUCUCGAUCUAAUUGA